CCGACGGGCGGGCACGCUGCUUGGGGCCCUUCGGCCGAGGACCCGCGUCCCUCUCCGCGGCGUCGCCAUGUCCUCCGUGUUCGGGAAACCGCGCUCGAGCAGCGGGCCGCAGAGCGCGCCCCUCGAGGUGAACCUGGCCAUCCUGGGGCGCCGCGGAGCGGGCAAGUCCGCCCUGACCGUGAAGUUUCUGACCAGAAGGUUUAUCAGUGAAUAUGACCCCAACUUGGAGGACACCUACAGCUCUGAGGAGACUGUGGACCACCAGCCUGUGCACCUGAGGGUCAUGGACACUGCGGACCUGGAUACCCCCAGGAACUGUGAACGCUAUCUGAACUGGGCCCAUGCCUUCCUGGUGGUAUACAGUGUUGACAGCCGCCAGAGCUUCGAGGGCAGUCGCAGCUACCUGGAGCUGCUCGCUCUGCACGCAAAGGAGACGCAGCGCAGCUACCCCACUCUGCUGCUGGGCAACAAGCUGGACAUGGCCCAGUACAGGCAGGUCACCGAGGCAGAGGGUGCAGCCUUGGCGGGCAGGUUCGGGUGCCUGUUUUUCGAGGUCUCUGCCUGCCUGGACUUUGAGCACGUGCAGCACGUCUUCCAUGAGGCGGUGCGGGAGGCACGGCGGGAGCUGGAGAAGAACUCCCUGGCCCGGCCCCUCUUCAUCUCUGAGGAGAGGGCCCUGCCCCACCAGGCCCCUCUCACUGCCCGUCAUGGGCUGGCCAGCUGCACCCUCAACACGCUUUCCACCGUCAGCCUGAAGGAGAUGCCCACCGUAGCCCAGGCCAAGCUGGUCACCGUGAAGUCAUCCAGGGCCCAAAGCAAGCGCAAGGCACCCACCCUGACCCUACUCAAGGGCUUCAAGAUCUUCUGAGGAUCCGAGGCUCAGAGGCUGGGCAGGGCUGCUGGCCACCAGCUUUCCCUCUGAUGAAACAGUAGCCUGCGCCCCCUGGUGGACAGCUGACCUCUGCUCCAGCACCAAGCAGUGUCCCUGACACCCAGUUCAAUGUGUGAGCUGGAGGGACAGGCAAGAAGGCUGCUCCUAUUCUGUCCAGGACCUUGGUUUCCAUGGUAACCACUGCAUUCCCUGAUGUUGAAGGGAAACAGCUACUGGGACAACCCAGACACCUGGAGUCAGCCUCAAGCAGGAGGAAAUCACAGUGUCCAUCGUGGUAUCACCCCUUCCUGCUCCAGCUCCAGCCAAGCCAGGUGUGGCCCCUUGUGGACAGCCCCAGGAGGCCGGCAUAAGUGUAGGCCUGAGAACAUCCUGCAGGAGGACAGCUCCAAGGUCCUUGAGCCACCUGGUGGAUGGAAGGGCAGGGCAGGUGCAGGUUUUGGAGGGCCAGAGUCUGACCUUCCCAUUGUCUUCUGAUCUCACAGAAGCCCCAGGCAACAAACCCCACAGUUUAUCCAGAUAAUAUCUAGUUUAAACCUAUGGGAUAUCCUGUAAGAAGGAAAGUCACGGGAAGGGCUAUUUCCAGUACUUUGUCCCUUAAAGAGGGAAGAGAGAGAGGCUGUGGGUUGUCCAGUAGAGAGGCCUCUAGAAUUGUUCUCCAGAAGGCCAGGCCCCUUUAUUUUCCCACCUUAAAUUAAGGACUCUGGCCACAGUCAGGACCAGCCUCCUCAGUGUAAUGAUCAAAGCUGCAGAACAAAGUCAUUCUCUCCACUGACAGUGACUCGGGAUUCCAGGGAGCCCACAGCUGGCAGUGUCUGACAUCCAGGCACUAUUAGCCUGCCUGGGUCCACAGGUGGAAACAGUAUAAGACUUUGUAGCCUGGUUCAGCAGGACCCAGUACCUGCUGAGUGUUCAAAGUCUUCUUUUGUACCAUGGAACCUAACGCAUUUUUGGUUCUUAAAGCAAAUUUUUGCAUAAAUUAUGUGGGAUUGUCCCCACAGCUUAGACUACAACACUGUGGCUCAGACACAGAUCAGGACCCUCCCUUGAGAUUCCAUGGUUAGCAAGAGAAGGGUCUCAGAGGUAGGGUGUCCCGUAGGUUUCUAACUCUGUAUACCAUGGGACCACUGGCCCAAAGGAAGUCUUUCAUGGACCCUCAGCAGAUAAGCAGAUAAAGGAGAGGGCCUUGGUAGGAGGAAGGGGUAGGAAGGGGAUUCUGAGCCAGAAUUCUGCUCCUUUCCCCAUCAGCAGUUCCAGGAACUUGGAUUAAAAACAACAGCCCUAACCAGCCUUCAGCCUCAUUUCAUAGAGAUGGAGAAGCUGAGGUCAGGAGAGGUUGUAGACUCCUCGAGACCACAUGAGGAGUCCUGGCCAGGCCUCCUGACCGGCAGGCUGGAUUUCGCACUUUUGCUCCAAGCCGGUGUGUGUGUGGACCACUACUAUUUGAACAAACUAUGCAAUUCCAACUGCUCAUAUUCAGAAGCAUUUUAAUAAAAAGUUUUUUUAAUAACAGAA